CUUCCGAGCGGAGGUCACGACCCGGCGGGCGGGGAGCGGGCUUCCGCGAGGGUCGGGCUGGCGGCGGGGCGGCUCGGAACCCCGGGCCCGGCGCUAUGUCCCGGAACUUGCGCACCGCGCUCAUUUUCGGCGGCUUCAUCAGUGUGAUCGGCGCCGCCUUCUACCCCAUCUACUUCCGGCCCCUGAUGCUGCCGGAGGAAUACCAGAAGGAACAAGCCAUAAACCGAGCUGGAAUCAUUCAAGAAAAUGUGCAGCCACCAGGGCUGAAAGUGUGGUCCGAUCCGUUUGGCAGGAAGUGAGAAGGCUGCCGCCAGCUCCGAUUGUGCGAGACACCUCCCUGCAGUUGUGCUUGCCGUUCUGCAGCAAGGACGUCACUGAUUUCGCUCAAGGGCAGUGGCACAGGAAGGAAGUGAAACUGUCCAGGCUGGACGUCCUAGGAUGAGCCAGCCCUCGCCUCCCUUUCUAAUGGACCCGCAGCAGCUCAUGCUGCUGGGAGGGCUUUCUUGAUUCUGCUGACUUCCCCAACACGAAGCUCUCGGCCCUGCUGGCCUUGCAGGAGACUCUCUCCAUCUCUCCUGCUCCUCCCGCCCAGCCUGCAACGCUGGUACACGCAGCCAGCUGUCUCCGGGAGAUCCACGUCUGCCCCACUCCCGUCUUUGAAAUACGAAUUCUCCAUCAGGAACCACCGUGCAGAGCAGCCUCAUGGGGCUCUUUGAAAUGUGAACGUCGAUAAAAGUCUUUGAGGACAUUAUGCCUUUUAAGAAUAAACAGUUCAGCUUAACUGUCUCGUCGUAGGUGCUUGCUACAAGUCGGAAGCAGAUAGGAAGCAGGUGGAAGUCGACGGGGUGCAUGCACAGUAGAAAUUGAGAUGGAUUCACCAGCGGGAGCGUGAAUAUUAAAAUGAUCGAUCCCUUUUUACUUUCA